AUGGAUCUGCCUCCGUCCCAAUCCCAGGCCCAUUCUCAGACUCUCCCUCAUCACCAUCCUUCCUCCGCUCCUCAAAACUCUUACUAUCCCUACUCAUAUCCUCAAUCUCCCUCUCCGGCCUCCUCCACCGCCGCCGCCGACUACCAGCGCACCACCGCCGCCAACACCGCCGCCAACUCCAAUUCCAACUCGCGCCCACGGUACGACGACGACUCGGCGAACAACAGCUACAACCACUCUCUGGCCGUGCCGCAGCCGCAACAUCCGCAACCCGUCGGACGCUUCACCGAGGAAUGGGGCGCCUCCCAGCGCGGCUCCUCCAUUGUUGACGGCCACCACGUCUCCGGCUCCAACAUGCAGCGCGCCGCCUCGGUCCACAGCUUCAAUGCGGGCGACGACCAGCAGUUGCCCGUCCGCAACAACACUCUUAAGAAGAAGAACUCGCUGCGACGCAAUGGCAGUCUAAAGCGCAGCAGCAGCCGUCGUAGCAUGAGGGCUGGCAGCGUCAAGAGUCUUGCCUUGCAGUCCACUUCCGACCCCGACGAGGCCCACAGCGCCUUCCACUGUCCCAUACCAACUACAGGCAACCCGACUGACGUCCUCUCCAACCGAUUCCAGUCUUGGAGAAAGGUCCUCAAGGAUCUCAUCGCAUACUUCAGAGAGAUUCAGUCGCACUACGAAAAUCGCUCCAAAUCUCUCCUCAAGCUCGCCAACGUCUCCAACAACAUAUCUGCCCCGCCCGGCUUCCUCACUACUGCCGGCAUCGAUGAUGCGCUGCAGUUCCUCCGCACCUACAACAAAAAUGCCAUCGUCGAAGCCAACAAGGCCAAGGAGAUCGAGGAGGACGUCAUCCUUGCUCUCACUGGCCUGAGGAGCGACUUACAGCAAAAGAUCAAGGAGAUCAAAAAUCUGUCAGGCGAUUUUAAGAACUCGGUCGAGAAGGAAAUGGAGAACACCCGCAAGACAGUGCGGAACCUCAGCGACGUCUUAGGCAAGAAUGAGCUCGAUGAAUCCUUGACGACCGGCAAGCAAGAUCCCUACAUCCUUCGAUUAGCCGUCGAUCGCCAGGUUGAGCGCCAAAUUGACGAGGAGAACUAUCUUCACCAGGCGUAUCUCAACCUGGAAAACUCGGGUCGAGAGCUAGAAUCAAUCGUGGUUGGGGAAAUCCAGAAGGCAUACAAUGCCUAUGCUGGAGUCCUCAAGCGCGAAGCCGACAAUGCUUACAACGUCAUUGGAGAGCUUCGGGAGGGACCAAUCUCAAUGCCAAAGGACCAAGAAUGGAUUCACUUUGUGACCCACGACAACCAAUUCGUCGACCCCAGCAUCCCUCUCAGGGCUGCCGAUCAGAUUCAUUACCCCGGUCAGGACCACGAGGCUGCCCAGGAAAUCCGGGCCGGAUUACUAGAGCGCAAGAGCAAGUACCUCAAGAGUUACACGGCCGGCUGGUAUGUUCUUUCUGCAACUCAUCUUCACGAAUUUAAAUCAGCGGACAAGGCGCAAGCGCCAGUCAUGUCCCUCUAUUUGCCAGAACAAAAGCUAGGAUCCCACUCCAGUGAAGGAGGCUCGUCGAACAAGUUCAUUCUCAAGGGCCGACAGACCGGCACCAUGCAUCGCGGGCACACCUGGGUAUUCCGUGCCGAAAGCCACGACACAAUGAUGGCCUGGUACGAUGACAUCAAAGCUCUCACCGAGAAGACCCCAGAGGAACGCAGCCAGUUCGUACGCAGCCAUUCGCGAAGCAUGAGCCGGUCAUCGCGACGAUCAGUUAGUAGCGACGGACUACUCGACGAGGACGACGAAGAACCCUUCUCGGCCGAAACCCAGAUUUAUGCCAACCCGGGAGCGCGACAGCACGACACGACACCCCGGCGGUCUCAAGCAGGUGGGCGGUUCCCAUCUGAUAUCCAAGUCAAUGCGCAACGUGGCUUACAGGCCUCUCAUUCGCCUUCUAGUGUAAGCUCCAAUUUCCAGGACCACCAGAUGGACCCAAUGGCACCAUCUGUCACCGGUGCUCUGCUUGUACCGGCCACUGGAGGCAGCCGACAGGACCAGGACAACAACAAUCUGGGCUACGGUGCUACCGACAGAACACCCAUGGAUGAGGUCCCUUCCCACGCCGCCAUCGCCAACCAGAAGGCGCACUAUGAUGGUGUCAACCCGUAUACGAGCGAACCGAUUCAGCAGCGGGAGUCUGUGCAGCAACAUCAGAACGGAGACUACUUCGUACCUGUUGUCAUGGCUCAGAAUCAAGGGUCUAGCACAGAGUUUGCCAACACGCAGGACAAUCGAGACUUAAAUCAAUACGAGGAGUUGGUUGCGGCCGAACAGUUCAACAGCGAGCGUGAACAGCGCCAGACCAACGGUGCUAUGGGGGGAAAGACUGUGAACGUGAUGGCAGUCAAUGGUGAAGGGUUCCCCAAUCUGGGGGGCCCUGUUGUGAAGGAUGAGGCUGUAUCUGUUUCUGAGCGCGAGUCCUUGAUGGACGAUACCGACGACGAUGACUCCACGCCAAUCCGACCAACGGCUCAAACAGCCAGAAAGGAGAGCGUUCAGACCAUCUCUAACCUACAUAUCCCAGGCGGAUACCCCAAGAGCACUCCAGUUUGA